ACGGCGUCGAACACGAAUACGAUGCAAAUACAGCCAGUGCAAGGUUUUGAUAAGUUAACGGCACAGGCGAAUGUUGAUGAUGAAGAAGAGGCAGAAGCAGCCGUAGCAAUAGCUGCUGAGCCGUCGAUCAAGAUUAGUGCGAAUACACUUAGUGACACGAGAGUUAUGGGGAAUGCAGGCAGCAGUAGCAUCAGCGGCUCCAGCAGCAUACGCAACAGAUCUGUACAAAAGCGCCACAGUGAGGUUUUAAUAAUGAGCAAGGACACGGACUCGCACAGCAUACCCAUCGCGGAGGGCACAAAUGCUGAGCAUGUACUUUACCGCUUGAAACGCGGCUCCAAGCUGCGCGUCCACCCAGAUGUCGCCCUGCUGGGUCGCAAGAUCCUUCUGCACACCAACUACCCAGCCGAGGGCAAGAAGUUUGUGCGCACCGAAUACCGCGUGCUCAGCUGGCAGCUUAAAGAUGGCCAGCAAAUAACCACCGACGGGCAUCCGGACGUGCAUGUCGUGGACACAGACAUCUUUAGUGAGGUGCACCUAAAUAUGUCGGGCACAUUCCGAUUCUACUUCAGCUUUGCCGAUCUGGAGCGCAAGGCGGACUCUCCGCCGGAUGGCGCGUUGUAUGUGCAGGUGGAGCCCACGCUUCAUGUGGGCCCCGUGGGUGCCCAAAAGGUAAUACCCCUCAAUUCCGUGCGCUGUCAAACUGUGAUGGCCAAGCUGCUGGGUCCGCUGAACACGUGGGAGGCAAAGCUACGCGUGGCCAAGGAGUCUGGCUAUAACGUCAUCCACUUUACGCCCAUUCAGGAGCUGGGCGGCUCGCGGUCCGGCUACUCGCUGCGCGACCAGCUCAGCGUCAACUCGCACUUUGCCGCUAAGAAGGGCGAAAAGGUCACGUUUGAAGAUGUGGAAAAAGUGAUCAAGAAGUGCCGCCAGGAGUGGGGCGUAGCUUCUAUUUGUGAUAUCGUAUUGAAUCACACCGCCAAUGAAUCCGAGUGGCUGCUCAAGUAUCCGGAUGCGACAUACUCGUGUGCAACAUGCCCCUAUUUGCGUCCAGCUUUUCUGUUGGACGCUAUGCUGGCGCAGUGCGGAGUGGAUAUAGCGGCGGGCAGCUUGGAGCAUGUGGGGGUGCCGGCUGUCAUCGAUCAGGAGUGCCAUUUGGAAGCUUUAAAGUACCAAUUGCAUAAUGUCUACCUACCCAAGGUCAAUAUACACGAACUGUAUCAGUGCGACGUGAUGAAGUAUGUGACCGACUUCAUGUCGCAGGUGCGCACACGUGAGCCACCGAAGAAUGUGGCGAACAAGUCACGAUUCCAGGAGAUUCAAUUGAUACAGGACCCGGCAUAUCGUCGCUUGGGUAGCACAAUUAAUUUUGAGCUGGCAUUGGAGAUCUUUAAUGCUUUUCAUGGCGACUGUUUCGAUGAGGAGUCGCGCUUCCGCAAAUGCGCCGAGACACUGCGCCAUCAUCUCGAUGAGCUCAACGAGCGCAUUCGUGCCGAGCUCCAAGGCUACCUCACCUAUGCCAUCGACAACUGCUUGGCGGGCGUGCGCUAUGAGCGCGUCCAGCAUGACGGGCCGCGUGUGCGCGAAAUCUCGAUUAAGCAUUCAGUUUUCAUGACAUACUUUACGCAUACCAACACUGAGGGCAAGUCGCUGAAGGAGAUCGAGGGGGACAUGUACGGCAAAGCGGGCGAAUUCUUUAUGGCCCACAAUGGCUGGGUGAUGGGUUCCUCUGACCCUUUGCUGGACUUUGCCGAAGAGCAACCAGGACGUGCAAAUGUUUAUCUAAAGCGCGAGCUCAUCUCCUGGGGCGACAGCGUGAAAUUGCGCUUCGGCAAGCGCCCGGAGGACAGUCCCUACCUCUGGAAGCACAUGACGGAUUAUGUGGAGACAACAGCGCGCAUUUUCGACGGUGUCCGCCUGGACAACUGUCAUUCGACGCCCUUGCAUGUGGCCGAGUAUUUGCUGGAUGCAGCCCGUAAGAUCAAUCCUGAGCUGUAUGUGGUCGCCGAGCUAUUUACCAAUUCCGAUGGCACCGACAAUGUCUUCGUCAACCGCCUGGGCAUUACGUCGCUGAUACGCGAAGCUCUUUCGGCUUGGGACUCGCAUGAGCAGGGUCGCUUGGUCUAUCGUUACGGUGGCGCGCCGGUAGGCGGCUUCUAUGCGAACCCCAAUCGUGAUGUGGCCUCCAGCGUGGCACACGCACUGUUCAUGGAUCUAACACACGAUAAUCCUUCGCCCAUUGAGAAGCGAACAGUGUACGAUUUGCUGCCCUCCUCGGCGCUGGUGGCAAUGGCUUGCUGUGCCACAGGCAGCAACCGCGGCUACGACGAGCUGGUGCCGCAUCACAUUCACGUGGUGGAUGAGGAGCGCCCGUAUCAGGAGUGGGGCAAAGCCGUUGACUUUAAAACGGGCAUUGUCGCUGCCAAGCGCGCUUUGAAUAUACUGCACGGCCAGCUGGCAGAGGAGGGCUUCAGCCAGGUGUAUGUGGAUCAAAUGGAUCCCAAUGUGGUUGCCGUGACGCGUCACUCGCCCAUCACGCAUCAGACGGUCAUCCUGGUGGCUCACACAGCCUUUAGCUAUCCUCAUCCCAAUGCUGGAGCCACUAACGUGAAGCCGUUGCGCUUUGAAGGCGUCUUAGACGAGAUCAUACUCGAAGCCAACCUGACCAUGAAGAGCGACAAGCCUUUUGAUCGUCCGGCGCCCUUCAAGAAGGACAACCAUGUGCUGAAUGGCUUCACCCAGUUUGAGUUGUCGCUGCAGGAGCACAUACCGCUCAGCAAGUCGCAGGUGUUCGAAACGAAGCACUACACCGACGGCUCCAAUACGCAGCUCAACUUUGCCAAUCUGCGCCCGGGCACGGUGGUCGCCAUUCGUGUCUCCAUGCAUCCCAGUGCACGACUCAGCUUCGAUUGUCUGCAGCAGGUGACAAAUGCGCUGCGCCUUCAGUCGGGUGCCCAGUGUGAGGAACUCAAAUCGAUUGUUUCCAAAUUGGAUUUGACUGCAUUGAGCCGCGUGCUCUUCAGCUGCGAUCAGGAGGAACGCGACAUGGGCCUGGGUGGCACCGCUUACGACAUACCCAACUUUGGACCCAUCGUCUAUUGCGGCCUGCAGGGCUUUGUCUCGCUGCUAACGGAGAUUUCCCCACGCGAUGACCUCGGCCAUCCACUUUGCAACAACUUGCGGGACGGCAACUGGAUGAUGGAUUACAUCGCCGAUCGCCUCAACAACUUUAAUGAUCUGAAGCCGCUGUCCGCUUGGCUCAAAGCAACCUUUGAGCCCUUAAAGAAUGUGCCACGCUACCUCAUACCCUGCUACUUUGAUGCUAUUGUAAGCGGUGUCUACAAUGUUCUGGUCAAUCAGGUCAACCAAUUGAUGCCCAGUUUCAUUCGGGAUGGUCACAACUUUACCCAAUCCUUGGCGGUGUCCACGCUGCAGUUCCUCGCCGUUUGCAAUUCGGCCAAUCUGCCCGGCUUUAGCCCAUCGCUCAGCCCACCAAAGCCGCCCAAGCAGUGCGUCACACUGUCCGCGGGUCUGCCUCACUUCUCCACAGGCUAUAUGCGCUGUUGGGGUCGGGACACGUUCAUUGCUCUGCGUGGCACAAUGCUGCUCACCGGGCGGUUCGCAGAGGCGCGUUUUAUCAUUAUUGGCUUUGCGUCUGCCAUGCGUCAUGGCUUGAUACCGAAUCUGUUGGAUAAUGGAUCUAAGCCCCGCUUCAACUGUCGCGAUGCGGUCUGGUGGUGGCUCUACAGCAUUGCCCAGUACGUGGAGGAGGCACCGAAGGGCGCUGAAAUACUCAAUGAUAAGGUGUCCCGUAUCUUUCCGUACGACGAUUCCGAGCAUCAUGCGCCGGGCGCCUUCGAUCAGGUGCUGCAGGAUGUCAUGCAGGAGGCACUGCAAGUACACUUCCAAGGCUUGCAAUAUCGUGAACGCAAUGCAGGCCAUGAAAUAGACGCACACAUGGUCGAUCAGGGCUUCAACAAUCAUAUUGGCGUGCAUCCAGAGACAGGCUUUGUGUUUGGCGGCAACAGCGCCAACUGCGGCACCUGGAUGGACAAAAUGGGCUCGUCCGAGAAGGCGGGCAAUCGUGGACGACCCAGCACUCCUCGCGACGGCUCGGCCGUGGAGCUGAUUGGGCUGCAGUACGCUUCGCUGCGUUUCAUGCAGGGACUUAGUGAGCGCAAGAUUAUUCCGCACAGCGGUGUGGAGCGUAAGGGACCGUCGGGCGAGGUGACAAAAUGGAGCUACAAGGAGUGGGCGGAUCGCAUACAGAAAAACUUCGAUGCGCACUUCUAUGUCAAGGACACAGACACCACAUCGGUGGCCAACAAGAAGUGCAUCUACAAGGAUAGUUAUGGGGCCACGCAGGACUGGACCGACUUCCAGCUGCGUUGCAAUUUCCCCAUAACGCUGACGGUGGCACCUGAGCUGUGCAACCCGAAGAACGCCUGGCUGGCUUUGGAGCAGGCGAGAAAGUAUCUGUUGGGCCCGUUGGGCAUGAAGACCUUGGACCCAGAUGACUGGAACUACAGAGCCAAUUAUGACAACUCGAACGAUUCGACAGACUGCACCGUGGCACAUGGUGCCAACUAUCAUCAGGGACCCGAGUGGGUAUGGCCCAUCGGUUUCUAUCUGCGCGCCCGACUCAUCUUCGCGAAGAAAUGCGGCCACCUGGACGAGACCAUUGCAGAGACGUGGGCCAUAUUGCGAGCACACUUGCGCGAGUUGCAAACAUCCCAUUGGCGCGGUCUGCCUGAGCUGACCAACGACAAUGGCAGCUACUGCCAUGACUCCUGCCGCACGCAGGCAUGGAGCGUGGGCACCGUGCUGGAGGUGCUGCACGACCUGCACACACUCGGAGCGGACUGCUAGGCAAAAGAUCUUAAUGCGAACUCAACGAAUCUCUCGUUAGCAGAGAAACUAUUAUUCUAAUUGAUACAAAAAAAAAUUAUCCAAAUACACACUUAAAUGGUAGCUGCUACAAAUGAUGCAUUACCAUGAAG